UUGUCAAUAUUAGCGGGACUACUUGGGGGAAGUUUAUAAUUGGACACGUGUUUUCCCCGCUUUUUGUCGUUUGGAGAUCUACUGAUCCCCUUUGUAAUUGUUUUUUAAAGCAAUGAACUAUCCACAAGGAGGGGUAAGGGCUUCUUAAGAGCUUCCUUUCAGCCUUUAGAAUUGGCCAGAGCGACCCGCCGAGCAACGUGGAGGCCCAGAAGUAUUUAAUCCAGGAGAUGUGCCCAUGAGGCUGUCACACAGCAGAGAUUCGCGCAGGUUCAUCAGUUUCUCCGGUAAACUCCAAGUACUCUGUCGUCUGCUCCUCCAGAAAACCUCCAUAGUUUAUUCUCCUCGUCAGGAAAAUAAAUAUCGCAUUUUUUUGUUUGUUUAAUUAUUUUUAAUAUGGAAGACAUAUUCUUUGACCUCGACCAAGAUGGUACCACGGAUUUUGCAUUUUGGGGACAGAUGGAUCAAAACAUUCAGUUCCAGACUCAACUGGAUGCCUUCCUGCUGGACUGCACCUCAGCCAACGGCCAGCUCUCCCCUUGGUCCUCCUUUGGCUGUCAGUCCAUGUUUCCGGACGCACAGCUGACCUUCACCGACCUCGACGUGCAGUCUCCGGGGGCGGGCGUCUGCGCUGAAGGUGAGAGCUCCUCUGUGGACGAGCCCCUGGAGGUGACCAGGCGCAGAGCGCGGCGGAUGUUGUCGCAUCCCCCGUACAAGGUGCAGCGGCACGCAGCCAACAUCCGGGAGAGGAAGAGGAUGCUGAGCAUCAAUUCCGCCUUCGAGGAGCUCCGCUGCCACGUACCGACGUUUCCCUACGAGAAGCGGCUGUCCAAGAUAGACACGCUGAGGCUGGCCAUAGCCUACAUCGCCCUGCUGAGAGAGAUCCUCAUGUCUGGCUGCGACCCCAAGUCCUACGUGGACGAGUGCAUGAAGAACGGCUACAAGAAUCAAACCAACGCUAUUUGGAACACAAGUGAUUUGACAGCCCGCCUCUCUUGGAUAAAGUGGGAUUAGCUGAAAAACACUGGGCACCCCAGACGAGGAGACUGUUGCAGGGAGGUGGUGCAGGUUUGUUCCUCCCUCCUCUACAUGUCAAAGACAGGCCGGCGGGCGCGGCAGAGCCUGCCGACCGACAUCUGCAGACUUCUCACCAGGUCACACACCUCAGGCUUUCUCAACUCUUUCGAACCCUGUCCUCGGAGGCUUUUUUAUAUUCUAAUUUAUUGUUGACUGAUAAUUGAGAGCUAUUGUUGCUGGGGCAGGGGAGGUCCUGGCAUUGUUUUCCCAAAUUCAUGGCACUUGUCACAGAGGGGCACCUUGGCAUGAGACUGAAUGGACUUGCUGAGGACUCAUACUUCUGCAUGUAGCUCUGAAGUGUUUUCUGGACUCCCGCUCAUUAGGCUGCGAGUCGACGUGUUAAAAAGAGCCAUGAUCAUGUAAAUGAGACCAUGGGCGUGAGAAGCAGAUCAGUGCAACAUGUUUUCGCAUGUCAGGUGCUGUGUGGAGAGAUGGCAGUAAGGCUGGUUGUGUGUUUUUUUUUUUGUUUUUUUCAUGUGCAACCCCUCUCGGCUAUUAUUUGUUUAUUUAUUUAUUUGUUUGUUUGUUUAUUUAUUCUGAAUUAUUUAUGUCAAAAACAUUUGUACUGCUUUAUGAAUAUCUGCUUCAAGACAAA